AUGAUUCACCCAAUCAUGUCUUUGUAUUGGAAAAACAAUCUUCUAUGUUCGAUAUUCUGUGAUACAGAUCAGUCUAUCGAGACCUACGUAGUUUUAAAUGGAUACUCACUUAAUAUGUAUGGUGUAUUCAAAAUCACCUAUCAUCUUCAAACAUAUAUUUCUACAUCUUUGGCUAAAUCUUUAACUGUUUUAUUUUUAAAAACUUCUUCCGAGUUGAUUACACUUCGUUCAUUGUAUGGUGAAUAUCCAUUUUCAUCUAUGUUUCAUCAAAAAAUAAAUGAUGACCAACAAACAAUAUGGGAAACCAACGUCAACAUCAUACCAUCGAUAUUUUAG